AUGCUGCGCCGCCGAAAGUCGCAGAAGGUGACGGCCGGAGAGGUGUACCGGGUGGUCGUGCGCCUGGACACGCGCAGCCCGUCCUCAGGCCGGCCAGACCCGCUCUCCGAGUCGCUGCUGGGCUUCGUCAGCGAGCACGCGCUAUCGGCUGGCGGCGGCAGCGGCGCCGCGCCCGUCGUCGUGGCCGCCCUCGUGCCCGGCGGGCCGCUCCUGCGCAACCCGCACGUCCGCAUAGGUGAUCGUCUGGAGCGCGUGAACGGCGCACCGGUGAGCGUGGCCAGCCUGCCGGCCGUGCUGGCCGCUCUCCCGCGCCGAGGCAAGGUGACGCUGACGAUGCGGAGCGGCGCCCUGGCGUUCUCUGACGGCGUCGGCCGGCACGCGGCGCCGGCCACCAACGGCUCCACACACCAGGAGUCGGCGGACGGUGCGGUGACGAACCUGACCGGGGACGGUCUGCAGCUGGAGGCGCUGGGCCAGCUGCUCAGGAGCGUGCCAUACGGCCUGCUGUGUCUCAGCACCGGCGGCCUGACCGAGAGCUCGCCAGAUCGCCAGGACAUCGUGUACCAGUUUCCCAGUUACGACACGGCUCUGCUAUCGGCUCGGGGCUCGCUGCUGACGUUGGCCGGACUCACGCAGCAGAUAUCGGGCGACACGCCACUACGGGUUCGCACCACGGUGGGCGGGACGCCCGUGCACGUGGCCGUGACCUGCCAGGAGGAGCUGGUGGUGGUGCUGGCCAUACCCGAAAGCAGUCUGUCGGCGCUCGAGGUGGACCAGCUGGGUCAAGAGUUGUGGCAACUGCUCAAACUGGAGUUCGGCUCCACACGCAGCGCCUUCUGCGAGCCGGCGAACCGGCCGUACGUGGACCACCUGGCGGCGUUGCUGGUGCAGCGGGCGCUGCUGACCGCCGAGCUGACGGCCGGCCUGCCCGGUGCGCUGCCGCCGCGGCAGGCCGAUGCGCUGGACCGCCUGCUGCCGGCCGCUCACGCCAUCCACCUGCCGCGACACGUCCAGGUGCUGAUUGACGACAGUCUGACUGAGCUGGAGUCGGGCGACUUCGGUGAGGAGUCGGAGGAUUUUCAUGGUCUCCAGAGGCUGUACUUGUUACGAGGUUGUGCCUUCUACUACAAGGGCUACCUGGCCGGCUCGCACCUGGCGCCCGAGGACCAGCGCGGCGUGCAGCUGUUUCUGCGCCACCAUCAGCUGCUGGCGGGCGCGCGGCGCGACGGCUGGCGUCAGCUGGUGGUGUGGCGCCGCUACCACCGGCCGCCGCCGUCGGCCGCCACCGAGCAGGACGCCUAUCCCUGCCCCGGCUUGACGCAUCACCUGCUGGUGGUUGGCUCGAGGCACGCGCUGCUAGCAGUUCUGCUCGAGUCUGGAGGCUGCACGGUUGAGCUGAGCUGCCUGACUGGACCAGACUCCAUCUACGUGGAGGAGGCCCAGGCCACUCUGUUCCAGCUCGAGUCCAUGGGCAUCAUGGAUAUGUGUGAGAGCUGGCUCGGCGGCGCGCCAGCCGCGACGGCGCCGUACGACGACGAGCUGCCGGGUGGGGCGCGCCUGUUCGAGGGCAGCUCGCGAGACGUGCUGCUCGAAACGCGUUGGUGGAGCCGCCUGGUGGGCGCUGGGCGCGACCUCGUCCGCCACCCCAAGUUCAGCCAUGACCAGCCCGACAGGAGCGAACCGGCGGUGGCGGCGACGGCGGACGAGCCCCGCCCCGUGUGGCGGUUGGAGGCCGCCGACAGCUCAAACGGCGACAACAGCGGAGACGGCGCCGCGUCUGAGCCGUGUUCUCACUCUGAGGACGGCAGCGGCUCCACGGACGGCUCGGCGGCUGACACCUGGGAGAUAUACCGGGGUCCGCCGACGAGCCGCCUUUUACCAAAUCAGUAUGAUUUGAUGGAGAACAAGAAAAUAUACAUGGGUCAAGCGCUCGAAGAUUCCCGGAGGGUGGUGCCGGACGCGUUCUCGCUGGCGCUGCAGCACGUCUGGCUGGACGUGGAGGCGGCCGCCUACCUGGCACUGCCGGAGCCGCUGCUGGCCACCUGGGUGCGCGCCGACCUGCUGGCAGCUUUCAACAGUGCCGUGGCGCGCCUGCUGCGGCUGCUGGCGCCGCCGGCUGAGGAAAGCGGCCUUGCGGAGCCGCCGGCCGAGGGGGCGCCUCGCGAGGUCGGUACCCUUUUCAGCCUGGACGGCCAGGACGGCCAGACCUUCUGGGUGGUCGGCCGUCAGAUGUCGCGUCGGCAGCUGUUCGUUUGCGUGCCGGGCAGCACGCCUCCCGACAUGCUGGAACUGGCCUUCCGGCUGUCGCAGGGCACGGGACCCCGCUGAUCUGACCUGACCUGAGCUCGGAUGGCGGCGGGCGUCGGCUGGGUCUCGAAGCGGCCAGCCGCCCAACCGCCCGCCGCCUCCAAGCGGUGCAUGGCGGGGACGACAAGCUGGGUGACAGCUUGUCGACAACGGCGGGGUUUAGGGGUGACGCGUAUCCGUAUGCGAUGGCUUCUGGAGGUCCCUGACGCCGCGCGAAUUACGGCUGAAAGGCUUUGUGGGGUGGUCAGCGGUCAACGCGCCUCCGUUCUCUGACAGCUGC